AUGCCCAAGACAAGGGUGAGAGCGAGCAUUUUGGGAUCAAUCUUGGGUGCGUAUCCGCAGCUGCAAGAGGAUCAACUUAAGCUCUACAUCCACCAACUGCCGACAUGUUUUCACUUUCACAUACACAUUGUUUAUAUGUCUUCCGAUGUUGGCUUCACUCAAUCCGUUGGUAAAGCAAUCGGCUACGAGAGCAUCAUCCCUCAGCUACAAACAAUGGUCGGAAACAAUGACGCAGGGAUAAUUUCCGCCCUGAUUACAAAUAACAUUGGCGAGGCCGACGAGGUCUGGAGUAAGGUCCUAGAGCCCCUUGCCAUUAAAGGCUCACUAGCAACACAUAUGUCAGAGACCAAGUCAUUCCAUGAAUCCAUAUCUUGGAAUGAAAUACAAACUCUGAGAAUCAUGAAUAUCGCCGAACACCAAUGCACAAGUGUGACGUGUUUACUUUUCAAUCGCUCGCCUUUUAUGACCUCGUGCAUUCACCCGCAAAAGUUAUCUCAGAGUGAUGAGGUCUGA